AUGCCCAUGCGCAACUCUAGCGAGACCGAGUCCAGCCAGAACUCGCAUCUCUCGUUUGGGAGACUGUCCAAGGACACCGACCGGACCGAUGGCAGUACCUCGAACUACUACCCUCCCCAGCGUAGACCAUCUACCUCGUCCAAAUCUCUCCUCGGACGGUUCGACAGACGGUAUGGUCGCGUCAAGCACAAGGAAUAUUGCGACUGUAUAAUUUGCGAAGUUGGUGGCCUGGAAGAACUGGACCGGCUCCUCGACCAAUUCCCUCGACCCCCUACGCCUCCUCGACCUCGCACGCGACCGCCCUAUAUGGCACAAGACUUUGACGACGUCCAGAUUCUGCCUGAUCAUGUCUACGAGGAACGGAAGCGCCGCCGCGCGAGGGACCAGGCGGAAUUCAAUUUGAUCUCGUAUUAUAGGCGGAAGUACGCAAAACAGGGAUUUCAUGGGCGUGUUGAAAUCGAUCCGGAAGAUAGGGCGUUCUUCGAUGCUUCUCCAGCGUCUGAGGCGCUCAUCUACCUGAACAAUAAUCGGUCGACGAAGAGUUUAGGAGCGGAUCUGUGGUUGGGAAGGGAGAAGCCGAGGGGGAGUAAACCGGCGGCUCCGAGUUUGAGGAAGGACAAACAGAGGGUUGUGAGUUCACGACAGGAAGUCGCCGGUGAAACGAGCUUGGCGCGCGGGGACUCGGUUCGGUCCAAUCUGAGCGGGGUGAGCGUUGCGCGCUCGUUGUCACGUAAGAGGAACUUCGAGCCGGAGGAUAUUGCAAGGGCGAGAGCGGAAGCGGCGAGCGGUCAGGACGAUUCGGCGGGCAAGUCCUCUAAUCCGUCCAAAGUCCCUUCGGGAUCGCACUCAUCCCCUUCUCGGGUGACGCAGAGCACGUCCAAGCCUCUGCCCAGCCUGCCGUUUUCACAGACUGGACACCAAUCGCCGCAGAAGAAUCGCGUUCCUUCUGGAUCUCGCCCCGUCGCCAGACCAUCUCAAGGUGACACCUCGCCGAGGAAACCUACCACGGCGCCUCGACCACUCGCACAGGGCAGGGGUGUAAUACGGUCAAGUUCCACCAGAAUCUGA